GCAGCUCUGCGCAGAACCGGGCUGGCCGUAUAAAAGCGGCUGCACCUCCACAGACGGAUUACAACAACAAGGAGGGGGGACACGGGCGCGAAGUCACUGCGGCUCACCGACCCCGAGAAAGUCAACCACAACCCGACACAGACAUGCAGGUCGCCAGGAGGGGAAUCUGUUGGAGACUUUUUCUGUUUUCCUGCCUGCUUUUGGAAAGUUCCUGCCAGGACUUCGGCGGGCAGACGCAGUUCAUUUGCACGUCCGUGCCCAAGGAUAUGGACAUUUGCGCGGCCACCUUGCAGAACAGCGUGCCGGGCGAGGACCUGAAGACCACCGUCAUGCAGCUGCGGGAGACGGUCCUGCAGCAGAAGGAGACCAUCAUGAACCAGAAAGAGACUAUCAGGGAACUGACCUCAAAGUUGGCUCGCUGCGAGAGCCAGAGCGGCGCAGAGCCCGGGGACGCGCGGCCCGGGGGCCGGAGGAAAGACGCGGGGACCAAAAACACAAUGGGGGAUGUAUCGAGGGGCCCCGCUGACACUUUGACGCAACUAUCACAGACUUUACAGUCACUGAAGCAGAGAUUAGAAAACCUGGAGCAAUUCAGCAGAAGUAACAACUCGGUGCAGGCGAACAGCCUCAAAGACCUGCUCCAAAGUAAGAUCGACGACUUGGAGAAGCAGGUGUUGUCCCGAGUGAACAGCAUCGAGGAGGGGAAGCCCGGGCUGCGCAACGAGACGGAGCAGCGUGGGAGAGUGGAGUCCACCCUCACGUCUCUCCACCAGAGGAUCACCGACCUGGAGAAAGGUCAGAGAGAAAACAGGCCUCUGGAUAAGUUCCAGCUCACGUUCCCGCUGAGAACCAACUACAUGUACGCAAAAGUGAAGAAGAGCCUGCCGGAGAUGUACGCGCUCACCGUGUGCAUGUGGCUCAAGUCCAACGCCUCCCCUGGAGUGGGCACUCCUUUCUCCUACGCUGUUCCUGGUCAAGCCAACGAGCUGGUGCUUAUAGAGUGGGGGAACAACCCCAUGGAGAUACUGAUAAAUGACAAGGUCGCAAAGCUGCCUUUCCUCAUCAACGACGGGAAGUGGCAUCACAUCUGCGUGACCUGGACGACGCGUGAUGGCGUUUGGGAAGCGUUUCAAGAUGGAGUCAAGAGAGGGAGCGGAGAGAACCUGGCUCCCUAUCACCCCAUCAAACCGCAGGGCCUGCUGAUCCUCGGGCAAGAGCAGGACACACUGGGAGGAGGGUUCGACGCCACACAAGCUUUCGUCGGCGACCUGGCCAACUUCCACAUCUGGGAUCGUAAACUUUCAGUGGGGGAGAUUUACAAUCUAGCGACGUGCAGCAGCAAAGCGCAGGUGGGCAACGUGUUCGCGUGGAUGGAGACGAGCCUCGAUAUUUACGGAGGCGCCUCGAAGUGGACAUUUGAGGCCUGCCGCCAGCUCAACUGAACUGUGACCGCCGGGGGAACAGAUCAAUGUUGAAGCCACCCUGUUUGUCCCAGCAUCGGUAAAAGCAACCUGAACGAUCAGGAGGCGAUUAUUUCAGUGACUAGCAUCUGGAUUUGUUAUAGAUAUUUGAAAACAUCAUUUGUGGACACUUGAUAGAUUUUUACCAGAUUCUCAUGUGGGGGGACAGGUCACCGGAAACGGACACGUUGGCGUCCCGCGGCGAUCGUAUGUAGAUGCUGCUCCCGGACAGCAGAGGAUGAUCUUCAAAAAAAAAAGUGACAGGCCAGGAUCAACAGCACAGUAGAAGGUCAUGUAGUUUUUAGCGAACAGAUGUCACCGCAAUCCAAAACGAAAAAUUGACUGACUUCUUCAAAAUGUCUUUGUCUGUCUCGACUGCCAGGGAUUUUUCACUGUGAAAAAGGACAAGGUGGACUUCUUUAAAAAAACGGAAUGUUUUCUCCAGGAGGUUAUGAAAUAGACGUCAUUGUUUCUCUCUCACUAUUCUUUCUCUGCCACCACCUGCUUGACGUGAUUUUGUGUAAAGAAUGACGUAUUUAUUGCCAACAUUUGAGCCUGAGUGCCUUGGGCUGUUGAAAAAAAAAAAAAAUCUCAGCACAUUCAUUAUGAUUUGCAGAGUGUAUUUUUUUUCUCUUCUUCUUGUAAAUUAAUUUCAAAAAGAGGUGUUUCCUUGUGACACUCUGAAUGAGGUCGGAUCAGAUUGUUUAUUGUAAAAUGCAAUUCAUCGAUGGCAGCGACGCAUUUUGCAGAUGUUUGUACUUCAGUGGGAAUGUUCUCUGUACAGUAACAGCAUGUCUUAACUUCUGUAAAUGCUGCGUCAGCAUCUAUGAUCUUUGCUUUUACUAUCCUACUUUUGGGUUGAGAUUUUAUACUGUAUUGUUAUAUGCUUAAAGCAUGGCAACACUGACAGAUUAAAAAAAAGUUCUAGUUUUUGUAAUAAAUUGUGAUA